CACUAGACAACAAACUGAAUUAAACAACAUUAACUCAAAGAUACUUCAUCACCAAACCAGAAACCUUUCAUAACUCCAAAAUUAUAAAAUAUCCUUUCCAGGCUCCCCAGAUCACAGUAUUAUUAUUUUCCCUUUAAAAAUAAAAAAUUCAGAAAUCCUGCCAGGAUUUCGCUUCCAUUUAUAUGAACACAACAGUGGUACAUUGAUGUCUACUUCUCAGUCUUUUCAAAAACACCCCCAGAUGGCUGCUUCGCCUGCUUUCUUCUUUCAUCUUCUCUGCAUUUUCCUGUCGGCCACACUACUCCGGAAAGUUCACGGAAAUCAUCUGCAAACACAACCAGAGAUUCAAGUUCAAGAAAGAAACAACUGCAAUUUUUUUAAAGGGAGUUGGGUUUAUGAUGAUUCGUAUCCGGUUUAUGAUUCCAGCAACUGUGAGUUUUUGAAAGGUGGAUUCGACUGCCAGGGGAAUGGCAGACCUGAUAAAGAUUAUCUCAAGUUUAGAUGGAAGCCUUCAGGUUGUAAACUUCCCAGGUUCAAUGGGGUGGAUUUCAUGAAGAAAUAUAGAGGAAAAAAGAUAAUGUUUGUGGGAGACUCCCUAAGUAACAAUAUGUGGCUAUCUUUAGCCUGCAUGCUUCACUCUGCUUUCCCAAACUCUAACUACACCUUCAAUCGAAGAGGCCAUCUCACUACAUUUUUUCUACAGGAAUAUGGGACCUCAAUUAUGUGGUUAAAAAAUGGGUUCCUGGUGGAUGUGGUUGAUGAAAAAAUUGGGAAAGUAUUAAAGCUUGAUUCAAUUAGCACAGGAAGACUCUGGCUUGGAGUGGAUUUGUUGAUCUUCAACACCUUUCACUGGUGGGUUCACACCGGCAGCGCUAAAACAUGGGACUACUUCCAAGUGGGGAGCAAACUUGUGAAAGAAAUGGAUCGAAUGGAAGCUCUCAAGAUUGCAUUAACCACUUGGGCUAAAUGGAUUGAUUACAACAUUGAUUUUUCAAAGACUAAAGUCUUCUUCCAAGGUGUUGCUGCAAUUCAUGUUGAUAGCAGGGAAUGGAAUGUGCCGAGUACAAGAGGCUGUGAUGGGGAAACAGAACCUGUGAAGGGAUUGAUAUAUCCAGGUCCGAGUCAUCCUGGAGAAGCUGUUGUGAAGAGUGUCAUAGGCAGCAUGACUCGGCCAGUUUAUCUGCUCGACAUUACAUUGUUAACACAACUGAGAAAAGACGGCCACCCAUCUGUUUACGCUGGCAGAGGCAGCACCUUAGAUGACUGUAGCCAUUGGUGUCUUGCUGGGGUUCCAGAUACCUGGAACCAGUUGCUCUAUGCGGCUUUGCUUCAGAAGGGAUUUUCUUGAUUUUGUUAGCGGCACAGUUUCAAUUCGGUUUAAAAGAAUAUAGAACAUCACUAUACCAUUUUCCCAUUUCAUAAACAGAAUAUUUGUUGCAAGUGAUAUUGCAUAUUCAAUUACGAUGUUUUAAAACCCAAC